AUGGAAGAUAAUAAAUGGUUGUCAGAUAUGUAUGAAAUAAGGAAGUCUUGGAUUCCUUCAUAUUUUAGGGACAAUCCUAUGUUUGGCUUGAUGAGAACUACUUCAAGAUCCGAAAGUGAAAAUUUCUUCUUAGGACAUUUUCAUAGGCAAGGUGAUACAUUAUGUGAAUUUUGGUUACGUUUUGAUAGUGUAAUGCAUAGGCAGCAGAAUGAGGCCGAAAAGCUAGAUCAUGAGUCUAACUCAGGAAAACCAAACACUUUGUCAAGAUGGUUUCUUGAAAAUGAUGAUGCUGACUUGUUUACACGGACAAUCUUUUACAAGGUACAGGAAGAGAUUUUUUCGUCUUGCUUGGAUAUGCAAAUUAAGAGCAUGAGUGACGAGGUUGAUGGUGUAACUCAAUUGGAUAUAAAGGAUGUGAAAGUGAAAGAAAAACUUUUCAAGAUAAUUGUUGGCAUAGCAGAUGCCGUAUGUUCAUGCAAACAAUUUGUUAUGUGUGGAAUUGUUUGUAGACAUGCGUUUUGCGGUUUGAAGCAAAUAGGUGUGACAAAAUUUCCUAGAAGUUUCGUGCUUAAUUGGUGGAUGAAGAUUGCAGAGUUUGGGGCUUCAUCUGAAUCUGUUACGCUUGAUUAUGUGCAUAAAAUCAUAAAACAUAUUAGUUUUGAUCUCGAAAACUAUGAUGGAGAUGGUGGUGAUUAUAGUAAGAGAGAUCAUAUUGCUACUAUGAUUGGCGAACAACCUGUUGGAGAUGUAAGUAUACUUGUGCCGAAUGUUUGCAAGAACAAGGGAAAUUAUUUUAAACGGCUUAUUUGUGUGAGAGAGAAAGCAUUGAACAAAGCCAACAAAAAGAUUCGAAGUAGUAAGGAAUGCUCAGGAACGAAUCAUGAUUCAAGAACUUGUCCGAGAAAGAACAGAGGAAGCAAAGAUACAAUAGUUGAGAACGACUCGUGA